AUGCCGCCUCCAUUCCCCGGAGGCAGCCGAGUUCAGCGCCAUCGGAAUUGCCGAAGCAGCAAUAGGAAGAGCUUAGUGGUGGGCACCCCCUCUCCGACCCUCUCGCGGCCUCUCUCCCCGCUCUCCGUGCCGACAGCCGGGAGCAGCCCCUUGGACAGCCCACGCAACUUCUCCGCCAGCACCUCCAUCAACUUCCCCUUCGCUCGCAGGGCUGAUGGCAGAAGGUGGUCACUGGCUUCACUACCCUCCUCUGGCUAUGGGACCAACACCCCCAGCUCCACUGUCUCGUCGUCUUCGUCCUCCCAGGAGCGCCCUCACCAGCUGCCGUACCAGCCCACCCCCGAUGAGCUGCAUUUCCUUUCUAAGCAUUUCCGCAGUACGGAGAGCGUCAUGGACGAGGAGGGGCGGCACUCGCCCUGCCUGCGCCCACGAUCCAGGAGCCUCAGCCCUGGACGGACGAGUGGAACGUUUGAUAACGAGGUUGUGAUGAUGAACCAUGUCUACAAGGAGCGGUUCCCCAAGGCCACAGCCCAUCGUCUGCAGGACACCAUCACAAACUUCUCUCCAAGCAGCACCCUGCCGCUGGCAGACGGGGUGCUGGGCUUCAUCCACCACCAGAUCAUCGAGUUGGCCCGCGACUGCCUGGCAAAGUCCCAGGGAGCUCUCAUCACCUCCCGCUACUUCAUGGAGCUGCAGGAAAAACUCGAGAAGAUGCUCCGAGAUGCUCAGGAGCGUUCGGAGAGCGAGGAGGUGAAGUUCAUCGACCAACUGGUGAGGAAGCUGCUGAUCAUCAUCUCCCGUCCUGCUCGCCUUCUGGAGUGCCUGGAGUUUGACCCGGAGGAGUUUUACCAUCUCCUGGAGGCUGCAGAAGGACACGCCAAAGUUGGCCAGGGAAUAAAGACCGAUAUUCCCCGAUACAUCAUCAGCCAACUGGGGCUCGUCAAGGACCCGCUGGAGGAAAUGGUCCAGCUGGAUCACUUCGACAGCGGGAACACCAUCACGCCGGAGAAUGAUGACGCCUGUGAGAGCCAGCCUUCAGCCACUGCUCCUCGGAGGAAGCCCUGCGAAGGGGACUUUGAGACCAUCAAGCUGAUCAGCAAUGGGGCUUACGGGGCCGUGUACCUGGUGAGGCACAGGGAGACACGGCAGCGCUUCGCCUUGAAGAAAAUCAACAAGCAGAACCUCAUCCUGAGGAACCAGAUCCAGCAGGUGUUCGUGGAGAGGGACAUCCUCACCUUCGCGGAGAACCCCUUCGUGGUCAGCAUGUUCUGCUCCUUCGAGACAAAGCGACAUCUCUGCAUGGUGAUGGAGUACGUGGAAGGAGGGGAUUGCGCCACGUUGCUGAAGAACAUGGGCCCACUGCCCGUCGACAUGGCGAAGAUGUACUUCGCCGAGACUGUUCUCGCGCUGGAGUAUCUCCACAACUACGGCAUCGUCCACCGGGACCUCAAACCCGACAAUUUGCUCAUCACCUCCAUGGGCCACAUAAAGCUGACAGACUUCGGUCUGUCAAAGAUCGGCUUGAUGAACAUGACCACAAACCUCUACGAAGGGCAUAUGGAGAAGGACACUCGGGAGUUCGUGGACAAGCAGGUGUGUGGCACUCCAGAGUACAUCGCCCCAGAAGUCAUCCUCAUACAGGGCUACGGGAAGCCCGUCGACUGGUGGGCCAUGGGCAUCAUCCUCUACGAGUUCCUGGUGGGCUGCGUCCCCUUCUUCGGAGACACCCCUGAGGAGCUCUUCGGGCAGGUCACCAGCGAUGAAAUUAUGUGGCCGGAAGGGGACGAGGCUCUUCCCGCGGACGCCCAGGACCUGAUCACACGGUUGCUGAGACAGUGUCCCCUCGAGCGCUUGGGCACCGGGGGUGCGCACGAGGUGAAGCACCAUUCCUUCUUCCUCCACCUGGACUGGAACGGGCUGCUGCGGCAGAAGGCUGAGUUCAUCCCCCAGCUGGAGUCAGAGGACGACACCAGCUACUUCGACACUCGCUCCGAGAGGUACCGCCACUUGGAUUCGGAGGAUGAAGAAACCAACGACGAGGAAUCGUCCGUGGAGAUCGGGCAGUUCUCCUCCUGCUCCCAUCGCUUCAGCAAGGUGUACAGCAGCUCCGAAUUCCUGGCGGCUCACUCCAACCUCAGCCUCUCGUCCUCUGAUCGGAGUCACAGCGAGGACAAAGAGGAGCGAUGGGACAGGCACUCGGGAGACGAGGACAGGAGCCGGCUGUCGGGCACAGAGCCCCGGCUCCGCUCCUGGACGUCCUGCAGCUCCACGCCAUUCACCUCCCGGCACGAGCGAAGCCGCAGCCCUGCCGCGCUACCCAGCACCUACAGCCUUGACACCAUGCCCAAGUUUGCCUUCUCCUCGGAGGAUGAAAGCCCUUGCGUGGCAUCCUCCAAGCCGGAGAGACCCAAGUUUGUGCUGGGAGACCCCGACGCAGGGACCGGCAGCACAGUGAAGCCGUCGGCAUUAUCCGGUCGCCUGACCAGCCAGAAGGACGUGCCGGACAGACAGAGAACCUCGACAGGUGACCGUGUCCCCAAAUCCGCCUCCGUCUCAGCCCUGUCCCUCAUCAUCACAUCAGACGACUUCAGCGGCGGCACCCUGAUGAGCCCCAUCUCCCCCCACUCCCUCUCGUCCAACCCCUCUUCCCGUGACUCCUCCCCAAGCCGAGACUCAUCCCUCGCCAUCGCCAGCCUGCGGCCCCCCAUCAUCAUCCACAGCUCGGGCAAGAAGUACGGUUUCACCCUGCGAGCCAUCCGCGUCUACAUGGGGGACAGCGACAUCUAUACCGUCCACCAUAUGGUCUGGAGCGUGGAAGAGGGGAGCCCUGCGCAGGAAGCGGGGCUGAGAGCGGGCGAUCUCAUCACACAUGUGAACGGCGAAUUGGUGCUGGGUUUAGUUCACCGGGACGUCGUGGAGCUGCUGCUGAAGAGCGGGAACAAAGUGGCCCUGCGGACCACUGCCCUGGAGAACACCUCCAUUAAAAUCGGCCCCGCUCGGAAAAACAGCUCCAAGACGAGGAUGGCGCGGAGGAGUAAGAAGAGCAGGAAAAGGGACGGCCAGGACCGGAGAAAAUCCCUUUUCAAGAAGAUCUCCAAGCAGUCGUCGGUCCUGCACACCAGCCGCAGCUUCUCCUCCGGUCUCCACCAUUCGCUGUCCUCCAGCGAAAGCCUCCCGGAGUCCCCCACGCACAGCCUGUCCCCGGGUCCCGCGACGCCCUGCCGCAGCCCCGCUCCCGACCUGCCCCCAGGUACCCCAACCCGCGACGGCGGGGGGAUAUUAGCUCUGGGCAUGGCGGGGUCGGCCGAGAAGAUCGUCACCAUCCUGGCAGAGAAGAAAACUGGCAGCGGCCGCAAGCUGGGACUGGAGAUGCCUGCGAUGGACGGGGAGGCCAUCGGGGAGGGCGAAGCACCGGCGUACCCCGGAGAGCACGGUUAUCACCCUGUCGGCUCCCGGCUGGUGGACAGGCACGACCGGGACCAGGAGGUGGUGGUCAUGCGGCGCUUGAACCUCUCCGAGCGUCGGGACUCCUUCAAGAAGCAAGAAGCAGUUCAAGAAGUGAGUUUCGAUGAGCCAGAGCCGGUGCCGCUGGAAACACCCCAAAUCUCCUAA